AUGUCGAAAUGCAGCUAUCUUUGCGCGCCUUGUGUGUUUGAUGCUCCAGAUCAAUCGAUAAAUGGUGUAAAAUCGGCCAUUAACAAAACUUGCACUCCGUAUGAAGUGAAUUAUCAAUAUGUGGUGUCGAAUGAAGGAGAUGGUACAACACCGUCGUCAUAUCUCAACCUAUUCCUGGGCGUUCAUUGCCCGGCCAUCGGUUGCUGGGCUAUGCAGACCCAAGAAGCGAUGAGUUUUGCGCAGAAAGUGCUACAGGGCUCCGGGCUCGGUGAUAGCCCGUUUUUCACCGGAAUCACCUACAACAUCACGAGUCGGGCUUUUGCAAAUGGCUGUGCGGCUACGGCUUCCUAUCAAGAUUUUCUUGGCGACGUUGCUUCGGCAGUAACCGGGCCUGAUUGGGAGUUGUAUUGUCAUUAUAUAACCGGCACUACGAGCCAAUUUACGAAUUGUCAGGAGGUCGAGUUUGCUUCCAGCGGGCCCGUGAAUUUGUUCGGGAAGAUAUGCCAGCCUCCCGGAAUGGCGAAUUUCCUGCGAGCCCUCCUAUUUUUCUGCACAUCGGCCGUUUUUGCCGCCCAGGAGCAUCCGCGAGCCAUUCGAAGCGCCACGAUUUUGGUAGACGAUACCUCGAACGUAAUCAAGGAUUUUAUAAACGGCGUCCACCCCGGGCUGCUGGUCAUCGUCGGGUUAUUGAUAUUUGCUGGCUGUGGAUUUGAAUUGGCUUAUGGCAGCCGCGGCUCUUCCGGUCGUCAGGUGACCCACGUGGCCAGCCGAAAUAACAUCAAAAACGCCAAGGAUUUCCAGAUGGCA